AAAGUGCUGGCGAGCUGCGACGUGACUACUCGGUCGGGUGGGCUCCCGGGCGAGCAGACGAGGCAGCCGGUGAAAGACGCUACCUGGACCCUGGGCCCUGCGGGACUCCAGCCGCGCUGCGGCGUCACGUUCACGCUCGGCGCCGCGAGCCGCGCAUAACGAUAUUUGGAUUUGAACUGCAUUUUGGGAUUUAUCUACACUUAAAAUGCCACCGGCAGUUGGAGGUCCAGUUGGAUACACCCCCCCAGAUGGAGGCUGGGGAUGGGCAGUGGUAGUUGGAGCUUUCAUUUCCAUCGGCUUCUCCUAUGCAUUUCCCAAAUCUAUUACUGUGUUCUUCAAAGAAAUUGAAGGUAUAUUCAAUGCCACCACCAGUGAAGUGUCAUGGAUAUCUUCCAUCAUGUUGGCUGUCAUGUAUGGUGGAGGUCCUAUCAGCAGUAUCCUGGUGAAUAAAUAUGGCAGUCGUCCAAUCAUGAUUGUUGGCGGCUGCUUGUCAGGCUGUGGCUUGAUCGCAGCUUCCUUCUGUAACACUGUGCAGGAACUUUACUUGUGUGUCGGAGUCAUUGGAGGUCUUGGGCUUGCCUUCAACUUGAAUCCAGCUUUAACCAUGAUUGGCAAGUAUUUCUACAAGAGGCGACCGUUGGCAAAUGGACUGGCCAUGGCAGGCAGCCCUGUGUUCCUCUCUACCCUGGCCCCCCUCAAUCAGGCUUUCUUUGGUAUCUAUGGCUGGAGAGGAAGCUUCCUAAUUCUUGGGGGCUUACUAUUAAACUGCUGUGUGGCUGGAGCUCUGAUGAGACCAAUAGGGCCCAAGCCAACCAAUGAAGGGAAAUAUAAGUCUAAAGAAUCCCUUCAGGAAGCUGGAAAAUCCGACGCAAAAAAGGGGACAAGUGAUGCAAAUACAGAUCUCAUUGGAGGAAAUCCGAAAGAAGAGAAAAGAUCAAUCUUCCAAACACUUAAUAAAUUCCUGGACUUAUCCCUGUUCAAGCACAGAGGCUUUUUGCUCUACCUGUCUGGAAAUGUGCUCAUGUUUUUUGGACUAUUUACACCUUUGGUCUUUCUUAGUAAUUAUGGCAAGAGUCAGCAUUACUCUAGUGAGAAGUCUGCCUUCCUUCUUUCCAUUCUGGCUUUUGUUGACAUGGUAGCCAGACCUUCUAUGGGACUUGUAGCCAACACAAAGUGGAUAAGACCUCGAGUUCAGUAUUUUUUUGCUGCUUCUAUUAUUGCAAAUGGAGUUUGUCAUCUGGCAGCACCUUUGUCCUCUAGCUAUAUAGGAUUCUGUGUCUAUGCGGGAUUCUUUGGAUUUGCAUUUGGGUGGCUCAGCUCAGUAUUGUUUGAAACGCUGAUGGACCUUGUUGGACCCCAGAGGUUCUCCAGUGCUGUGGGAUUGGUGACCAUUGUGGAAUGCUGUCCUGUCCUGCUGGGGCCACCACUUUUAGGUCGUCUCAAUGACAUAUAUGGAGACUACAAAUACACAUACUGGGCAUGUGGUAUAAUCCUUAUUGUCGCAGGCAUCUAUCUUUUCAUCGGCAUGGGCAUCAAUUACCGACUUCUUGCAAAAGAACAGAAAGCUGAGCAGCAGCAGAAAAAGGAAAGUAAAGAGGAGGAGACCAGUAUAGAUGUUGCUGAGAAGCCAAAAGAAGUUACCGACGCAGCAGAAUCUCUGGAUCCUAAAGGCAUAGAAGGAGGCCCCAAGGAGGAGGAGAGUCCAGUUUGAACCUGUGGGGCUGAUGGGUAAAUGGAGCA